CUCUUCACUCGUCAAAAGCACAGCAAAGCCACCCAAAAUCAAGAGAGGGAAAGUGAGAGAGAGAGAGAGAGUAAAGAAAGAAGAAAAUCUGAAGCUCUGGACUCCCACCAACUACCACCAGAACGAAUGGUUCAGAACUAGCCCAAGAACACUUUUCAAGAACACUCUAGAACUAGCCACAAUCGAUUGAUUCUGGUGGGGUUCUUGAUUAUUGGAAGUUGCGAAAAUGGCCAGUCCGAAAUCGGGGCGAUUGGGCAUUACACCUGGUUCUAGGGUUUUGAAAAACCCUCUCAGUGACGAUGCCAUCUGGAAACGCCUUCGAGAGGCAGGCUUCGAUGAAGACUCCAUCAAAAGGAGGGACAAAGCUGCUCUCAUCGCAUAUAUUGCCAAGCUUGAAACUGAGAUCAAUGAUCAUCAACACCACAUGGGUCUUCUUAUUAUGGAAAGAAAGGAGUGGGUUUCCAAGUAUGAGCAAAUUAAAUCCUCUGCUGAAUCUGCUGAAUUUCUGUAUAAGCGGGAUCAAGCUUCACACUCAUCUGCUUUAGCUGAAGCCAAGAAACGAGAGGAGAAUCUGAAGAAGGCUUUUGGAAUUGAGAAGGAGUGUGUUAGAAAUAUUGAGAAGGCAUUGCAUGAGAUGCGUGCAGAAUAUGCUGAGACAAAAGUUGCAGCCGAGAGCAAAUUGGCUGAAGCACAAAGUAUGGUGGAGGAUGCUCAGAAAAAGUACACUGAGGCUGAGGUGAAGCUGCAUGCAGCAGAAUCUUUAGAAGCUGAAGCCAACCGGUAUCACCGCAUUGCUGAAAGAAAGUUACAUGAAGUGGAAGCACGUGAAGAUGAUCUCAGGAGGCGUAUCAUGUCAUUCAAGUCUGAUUGUGAUGCUAAAGAGAAAGAUAUCCUUCUUGAGAGAGAAACUUUAUCUGAAAGGCAGAAAACUCUGCAGCAAUCUCAAGAAAGAUUACUUGAUGGACAAGCCUUGCUAAACCAAAGGGAGGACUACAUUUUUAAUAGAUCUCAGGAAUUAACUCGACUUGAGAAAGAGUUGGAGGCUUCAAAAGCAAACAUUGAGAAGGAACUUAGAACCCUAAAUAAUGAGAGAAGCAUUCUGGAGCUAAAUGUAGCUUCUUUGUCUGCAAGGGAGGAGGCUGUUGUCAAAAGGGAACGCGAGCUGAACAAGAGAGAAGAAGAGCUACUCAUUCAACAGCAGAAACUUGCAAGCAAAGAAUCAGAUGCAAUUCAACAAGUUAUAGUUAAGCAUGAAGCUGCUUUGAAAGCAAGGAAAUCUGAAUUUGAAGCAGAGUUGGAGCUGAAGCGGAAAUUGGUGGAGGAGGAAAUGGAGUCCAAGAGACGUGCUUGGGAGUUGAGGGAGUUGGAUCUUAGUCAACGGGAAGGCCUAAUCUUGGAAAAAGAACAUGACUUGGAGUUUCAGUCAAGUGUAUUGGCAGACAAGGAGAAGGAUUUGACACAGAGGGCGAAUCUACUCGACGAGAAAGAGAGAAGUCUCCUUGCUGCUGAAAGAGAGGUUGAAUUGAAGAAAACCGUUCUGCAGAAGGAAAAAGAAGAGAUCAACAGCAUGAAGCUUGAUCUUCAGAAAUCUGUGGUUUUACUGGAAGACAGAAAGAAACAAGUUGAUUAUGCCGAGGAGAAAAUGGUGGCCAUGAAAAGUGAAACGAAUGAAUUACUGGUUUUAGAAAUGAGGCUUAAAGAAGAACUUGAUACCAUCAGAGCCCAGAAUCUGGAACUUGAGGUUUUGGUAGAUGAGUUGAAAGCAGAGAAGGCAAAGUUUGAAACCGAGUGGGAAUUGAUUGAUGAGAAAAGGGGAGAAUUACAAAAAGAAGCAGAACGUAUUGCUGAGGAGAGACUAGCUAUUUCUAAGUUUCUCAAAGAUGAGCGUGAUUGCCUGAAGUUGGAGAAGGAUGAAAUGAGGGAUCAGUAUAAACAUGACAUGGAGUCACUUUCUCGUGAUCGGGAAUCAUUCUUGAGUAAAAUUGAGCAUGAGCGUUCGGAGUGGUUCAGCAAGAUUCAGAAAGAACGGGCAGAUUUUUUGCUAGCAAUUGAGAUGCAGAAGGGGGAACUGGAGAAUUGUACUAAUAAGAGGCGUGAAGAAAUUGAAAGCUAUCUUAGGGAAAAAGAGAAGGUCUUUGAGGAAGAAAAGAAGAAAGAACUUCAGCAUAUUGCUUCUCUUCGGGAAACUGUGGCAAAGGAAAUGGAACAAGUUAACUUAGAAUUGCAAAAGCUUGAUGCUGAGAGAAGAGAGAUCAAUUUGGAUCGGGAACGAAGGGACAAUGAAUGGGCAGAGUUAAAUAACUCCAUUGAAGAACUUAAGGUGCAAAGGCAGAAGUUGGAGAAACAAAGGGAGUUAAUGCAUGUGGAUAGAGAGGAGAUUCUUGCUCGGAUUGAACAGAUGAAAAAAUUGGAGGAUUUGAAAAUUGCCCCAGAUCAUUUAACUGUUCCUGAGAUUCAAGAAUCCAAUCUAAAGUUUAGCAGAGAAAAAGUUUCUGCAAAAAGAUUUUUGAAGCAGCAGACUGAUGUACAUAAUGUUAAAUUGGAUUUGAAUAACAAAAUAGAUGUUAAUGACGAUGGUAUUGGGCUUGAUCUGUCUUCUAAAAAGGGAUCAGAGGUUGCUUCUCCUCCUGUCUCUACUCCUUUGUCAUGGCUAAAACGUUGUGCUGAUUCACUGCUAGAGCACACACUGAGUAAUAAGAAAAGGAAGCGGCAAUCAAUCGAGAUCACUAACCCCUGUAUGUUGUCAACGCAACAAAAUACACCGGACAAUGAGCGUGGGUUGAUGUCAUUAAGCCAAACCCCGGGAGGUGCUGAGGAGACCAUGGUCUAUAUAGAUAAAAUCAUUACUGUUCAAGAAAUAACCUCGGCAGAUGGUGGAAGAGUUAUUGAGGAUAGUCAGUACCAACAAGAAAUCAUCUCCGAGAAGAUUGAGGAGAAGCUUGAAGAUCAUGGCAACUCCAAAUCACAUGAAAAUGGGAAAGCUAAGCAGACAGUUGAAUAAAGGACGAGAUCAAAACAG